AGGCCAGCAUAUCUCCCCCGGCGGGCCUGCCGGCUACCGGCCAAACUAAACUGGUCAGAAAAAGCUUCUGAGAGCCUCGCAGCGAACUAUAGUUAAAACCUGCCAGCUGCUCAUCUGCCACUCGUGGCUCGGUGACUCGGUGAGUGUGCAGCAAAGAGCGGAGCUAGCUAGGCUGUCCGUGCGUGAAGAUGGCCGCCGCUUGGUCGAUGCAGGUCGGCGGCGGCUGCCGCUGCUCUUUCGGCGGCCGGAGAGCGGCGUCGGGGAAAGCGGUGCGGCGGCUGCCGGUGAUAAGGGCGUCGGCGGCGAAGGUGGAGGAGGAGGAGAAAGUGAGGCUGGGGGAGUCGAGCGUGGCGGUGAGCAAGCUGGGGAUCGGGGCUUGGUCCUGGGGCGACACAACUUACUGGAACGACUCCGAAUGGGAUGACAGGAGGCUCAAGGAGGCGAAAGCCGCGUUCGACGCCAGCGUCGACAACGGGAUGACCUUCUUCGACACCGCCGAAGUCUACGGAACAGCGCUCAUGGGGGCAGUCAACUCAGAGAGCCUACUGGGAGAUUUCAUCAGGGAGAGGAAGGAGAAGGGCGAGGUGGACGUGGUGGUGGCCACCAAGUUCGCCGCGCUGCCAUGGCGGUUCGGCCGCGGCAGCGUCCUUUCCGCGCUCAAGAACUCCCUCGGCCGCCUCGGCCUCCCCUCCGUCGAGCUCUACCAGCUCCACUGGCCAGGGCUAUGGGGCAACGAAGGGUACCUUGACGGGCUGGCGGACGCGUACGAGCAAGGACUGGUGAAGGCCGUGGGGGUCUCCAACUACAACGAGAAGCGUCUCCGGGACGCGCACGCGCGGCUGAAGAAGCGCAGGGUGCCGCUGGCGGCGAACCAGGUGAACUACAGCCUCAUCUACCGGACGCCAGAGCUCAACGGCGUCAAGCAAGCCUGCGACGAACUCGGCGUCACACUCAUCGCAUACUCCCCAAUCGCACAAGGUGUUCUGUCCGGGAAGUACACUCCGGAGAAGCCUCCGACGGGGCCUCGAGGGAACACAUACACCCCAGAAUUCCUCACCAAGCUCCAACCGCUGAUGAACAGGAUCAAAGAGAUCGGAGCAAGCUACGGCAAGAACCCGACCCAGGUGUCUCUGAACUGGCUGGCGUGCCAGGGCAACGUGGUGCCGAUCCCGGGGGCGAAGAACGCCGUGCAGGCCAUGGAGUUCGCCGGGGCGCUCGGCUGGAGCCUCACCGCCGACGAGGUCGAGGAGCUCAGGACGCUCGCCCGCGAGAUCAAGGGAAUCAAGAUGCCCAUCGAGGAGUCAUGAUCGAAUUGAGUGCUCGAUCGAUGCUCCGGCCGCCGUCCGAUCACCAUAUUCAUGAUCGGCUCUUGCACCGCUGCUUAUUAGCAACCUGCUGCUGAUCGAUGUAAUCACCACCGCCAUGUAUGAUCCCAACCUGUGUCCUAGUAGAAUUAGAAGAAGUAGAAAAUAAAAUGGGUGAAUGAACAGGACAGAGUGUUUUCGGAUGGUUUUGUGGAUCAUAUACAUAUAUACAUUUACAUGGGUUUAGCCACUACACGCCCGCGCGUGUGUGCCCCGGUUAUUUA